AAACGCAAAUACAUAACUUUGAAAACAACAACAUCAAAGACUAGAUUUUUAAAGAAAAAUGUCAGUACUUAACUUGAUUAUAGGAUUAGUUAUACUUAAUGGAUGUAAUUCUUUGUUCAUAAAUAAGAAAAAUGAUGAAUUAUUUUAUGCAAAUAAGACUACAUCCUUGAUACAAGAUGCAGAUCCAGUAGAAGUAACCUUGUACUUUGAAUCUUUUUGUCCUGAUUGCAGAGUAACUAUUUUAGAUCAAAUAUAUCCAACAUACCAGAAGUUAGCAUCCAGUGGUAUACUAAAGCUCAACUUUGUUCCUUUCGGAAAUGCAGAAGAGGUUUAUUCUGCCGGUAAAUACAUUUUCUACUGUCAACACGGACAAGAGGAAUGCACUGGUAAUUUAAUAGAAUCUUGUGCAAUCCAUUUCUAUCCAGACCAAGCAAAAUAUGUUCCAUUCAUACAAUGCCUUGAAUAUUAUGGUGCAACUGAUACCAAUGCUAAGUACUGCGCCAGUGUGAGUCAGAUGGAUUACGAUACUAUUUCACAAUGUGUUCUUAGCGAUCAAGGCAACGAGAUAGAACACGAAAUGGCAACAAAAACUAAUGCCUUGAACCCGCCUCAUCAAUAUGUUCCAUGGUUCACAAUGAAUGGACAACAUGACGAUAGCAUUCAAGAUGGAUUAAGCUCAAACAUGUUAGCUUAUGUAUGCAAUGCCUACCAAGGUACAAAACCAGAAGCUUGUAUUCAGAAAUAGUAGAUUUUAAUCAUUCAA